CAUCCAUGUCCAAACCAUCUCAAUCACCUUGUCUCCAAAACGUCCUACAUGCUCUGUCCCUCUAAUAAACUGUAUGAUGCCAAAUUCUGCCUAAUAAGAUUUUCUGCUAUCUUGUAUUUUUUUCCAAUCGUGUCCAAAUUUUGGCAUGCCAUCUUCAGAGUAAGGAUCACAAACGUUAUGUUAAUGAUCCAAAUGUUUUGCCUAUUCUAAGCCCAACAAAUCUGACAGCAAAGCCUCCAAACUGGAAGCGAGGCAACAACUUUGCACACUGUUAUUAAACUUGGUAUGUAUGUUCAGGACCAUGACCUGAAGCUAUGGAAACUUUUCACCUACCAGAGAUGGGAAGUAAUGAAGUACAAAUACUUUUUGUAAUUUGUAACUUUUCUGGUAUCAGUACUUCAAUAUUUUUCUCACAACUUUUUACUUUCACAUUUUAAACAAAUAUUUGUACAAAGUGCAAACUUUGAGUUGGUUUGUGUUGUCUAUGUCUGAAAUGCUUAAAACUAAUUAUGCUAAUUAUAACAAAUUAUGCUAAUAAGGCUGCCAUUCUUCUCCAAAAUCACUCGGAUUCUUUCAUUGUUUUGUUGUGGUUUAUAUAUAGUUAGUGUGCUAAUGUGACACUAACACUGUACGUAACUGUAUGUGUUUACAAAUAGAAUCCCUACUUCAAAUUAACAGUAUUAAUGUUUCAUAAAGUGAACCUAUACAAUAAUAUGUGCAACUUUCAGACAAUUGUAUUUCUCCAUUUAAACGCUUUAGGGUGACAUUUCGGGUGUGUUGUAGCAUAUUGAGACUUUUAUUUUGCCUCGUGUUCCAUUUUCAUCCUGCGAAGCUUCCAUUAACUGUCCUGCUCUGCUACAUUCAAUAAAAUAAAGGCUAAAUUCAAGAAAAGGUAUGUUAUAUGUAUAUAUAAUAAAUAUAUGUUGAUCUAAAGCUAAACCCGCAGUGGCUUUCAGUCAAAAACAGAAGCUAGUCAGCUAGCUAGCUUUAAGCUAAAGCGUAUGUAGGCUUGUAGAAAAUGUCCUUAUUGCACUCUUUCGGGAAGAUUUCACACUUAGGUUUCAUUAUAGAUGCAAUAUAAUAUGUAUAAAAUCCCCAAACACUUUAUUAAAUCACUGUAAUGUAAUAGAAAACAUUAUUCUGCUCGCUGUUGCGCUUUACGACAGCUUUUCUCUGUGUAGCAUAAUCUCUGUCCCUGGAGUCUAAAUAAAGUGAAUAUGUGUUAAAUAACCUCUAAUGCCUAUUAAUGUUUUUAUUUUAUAGUUUAUCAUUUCUACUGUCCGCUACGUUAUGUUGUAAACUGCAUAUAUGUAUAUUAUUAUAUUUAUAAUUUCUUCUCAUGGACAUUUCCCGAGUCAUAUCUUUGGAAAUACAGGUCAAAUUUAUAGGAUAUUCCACUAUGAGUACGUAUUGAAAUGAGUUAUUAUAAACAUCAUAUGUCUAUUUUUAAAAACAUAAUAUUUGUAUGAUGAAUAGGUUAUAACCAUAUUUUAAGUCUCUACUUUUGAUUUAGUGAUUUUGUGUUAGGGUUUUGAUCAAUAAGUUCAAAGGACAUCCGUUGGAUGGCGCUAUAGCGUGCAGUACGGAAUUGCGAUCAUGUGUACUCUACUGUCUUUGCUCGAGUUAAUGGCUGCUGCACCGUGCCGCUCCAUAUUUGCAUUCAAUUUCCUUGAAUUUGUUGCUUUGCCAGACAUGCCUACUCUCCCACCCACUCCCCCAAGGUCGGCGUUGUUCGUGCUGCUGGAAGUCACCAUCUCUCAUCUCACCAUCUCUGGUUACUGUACUUUAUUUUCACUCAGAGAUAUCAAAUUCUUAUGCCCGAUAUAUAUUGGGGGAUUUGGGGCUGUCUUAGAUGAAAGAUGAAGCAAUCGUGAGGAUUUCUUUUGGCUCCUAAACAGUGGUCCUACAUCAUGUUGUGAGAGCGGUUCAGAAACGGCUGUUGUCAUGGUCUUAUGAAGCCUGUGUGAAAAACUCUACGACCUACAUCUACUGUCUAGCCAUGACCUGCGUCAUAGGCUUCGAUUCAAUAGAUGGCGUCGUCCGGUCUGCAUACGUGUUGUACCCAUGUUUAUUGGAUAUAUGUCGUACAGCGUGAUCGCACGGUCUGUGGAAGGCAUUAGAUAACCAGAUAUCUAACGUCUAUGACACGAAUAAAGGAAAAACGAGUGGACAAAAAAGAAACAUGGACUCUAAACAAGUAAAACUUUGUGUCCAUGUAUACCUAUAGUACAGUAGCUAGAGUAGUGAAGGACCAUGUACAUUGUGAGCAGGGUAUAAGUAGGGACUACUACAAGACUAACAAUGACUGCAUAGCUAAAAGGGAGAGCCAGAAGAUAAUGCAUCCAACACCAGAGUGAACCCAUGGGGUUUUAAAAUCCCAGUUUACCAAAGCACUCUGUGCUUGUUGAUGCUUCAUAUCUGCUCCUUCACCUUUUCCAUAACUAUGGGUCUUUGUGAAAGAAAGAUUUCCACCUGCUAUAGGUUUCACUAUUAAGGGUGCCAACAAAUAGCCUGCACCUACUGAUUGAAGAAGACAUGAUGAAUCAUAAUAGAUCCAAUGAAGUGUGGAAAUGAUAGGGCUGAUGUGGUCAUAUCUUCUGGUUCUAUAAGGACUGCAUUCAGGAUUGACUGGAACAUGUUUGACAGCAAGAAAGUACAGUAAUCCAACCUAGAGGUAACAAACAUUAACGAUUUGCGAUUUAUUUAUUUCAAUAUUAUAGCUGGUGUCUCUCAUCUGGCUUUGCCCAAAUGUACAUCUUGUGUGUCAUUGGCAAAACAGAGAAAGCUGAUAUAAUAAUCAGGUGAGUGUAAGUGAGUUAUUAAAGCAGUCCUGGCAAUGAUGUGUCGAGGUCUUGCCACUGUGCUAGGACCCUCCUGAUGUAGCUCUCAGUUAGCUAGCUAGCUAGAGAGUUUUCGAUGUCGGGAUGGGCUUGUGUGUAAUACAAUACCUGCUAUUCUUAUUCUGGCUGCUAGUUCUUUGUUUCAGUGUAAGAAUGUGUUUCAAAUUUGGUGAACUAGAACUUCGAGUGGCAGCUGGAGUCUAAUCCGUGAUGCGCAUUUUUAUUGUGAGAAUUUCAUUAAUCCUUAAACAGACUAGCGAUGAGAACAUCUUGGUAUACAGAUUUUUACUGAACAAAUGUAUGUCUGUCUUGAAGAUUUCUUCAAGAACAGGAAGCAGCAUUUAGCUAGUCUUGCAAUUAUCAACACACCCAUUUCAGAAUUCCCUUGUGAUGGUGGUGUGUCAGAAAGACUCACUGGUGCUUGGAGGUAAGUCAAGGUUAGUUGCCUUGUUACUUGACUACAGGAAGGACCUUAAAUGCAUGAUUUCCUUCUUAUCUACAACCUUUAUCGACAGGUGAUUGAUAGUCUGCAACUCAACCAGCAUCAACUCCUCUUCCAUAAAAAAAAAAAAAACGCUUUUGUAGAUCAGCCGCUUUCUCUGCUGUUUCCUCAUCUGGAAAUCUCCGGACCUGCAACAUGUCUCAAAAAUACCCCUACACGAACGCAGGGGAUGACUUUUUGUCCCAUCAGGACAUGUAUGCAGAUUCCUACCAGAGACAGUCUCAUACACACCAGCCAAGCGCUAGAUCCACGUCACAUGAGCAGAAAUGCUCUACAGCAUCCUCCAGCCGACCUGUAGACUGUCCCGUCCACUUACCCGGGAUGGCUUUGUCAUUUCUUCAGAGCUGUGGACUGGAACCAAGUGACCUCGCCCACCUCGCAGAACUUCCGGAGCAUCUCAUCACGGUCGAGACACUUCCGAAACUGCUUUUACAGGUCAAAGAACGCAAACUGUCCAGCAGUUCAUCAUCUAGGCCCAACACAAGUCAGCCUCUUGAUGACACCUCGACUUACGCCUGGGAGGAAAGCAGCCACAGCAAACCGAUUGAGUAUCCCAUUGAACUGCCUGAGCAACCGGUGUACCCCCUUCCUCCGGAGCAAGUUCAGAGUUGGCAAGACCGAUGGGGGAAUCCUCGACAAUUUAAUUCUUUAGACACCAGUACCAGGAGUUCCAGGAGUAAAAGCCGCAGCGUUUCAGACUACAGCAUCCCCAAGGACAGUGACCUUUACUGCAAUAUCACAGAAUCAACAGAGUCCUCAUCACACUCUUUUGUUGAGUUGGGACCGAGGCCUUUGCUUUCUCUGAGAUUAGAUCCACCUGUUACUGUGCCUAAAAGGAAGGAGGCCUCCGAUUACAACUGCAAAGUUCCCCCAGUUUUUCCUCAUGUGUGUUCCCUCUGUGAUCUCUCUAUACCCUCUACAAAGGACUGGUUUUUACAUGUUCGAGGUAGUGAGCAUGCAAAAAGGCAGCUUAAACUAGUGAAAAAGUACCCAAAGUGGGAUCAGACUAUCGAAUCUGCGAGAAGGACUAAAAGCACUGAAGUUUACAAGGUGCCAACUAGGAAGGAGGCGUCAGACUUCAAUGGCACCAGUCCCCCAGUUUUUCCUUACCUGUGUGUUCUCUGCAAUGUUACUGUCUUUUCUGAAAAGAGCUGGUCUGGACAUAUUAUUAGUGGACAGCAUGCUAAGAGUCAGCUUGACCUUAUGGGAAAGUACCCGGAGUGGGAUGGGACUGUUCAGUCUUCUAGAAGAAAUGAUGGUAACACCUCCACUGACUUAAAAGAUGGAGCCUCGAAAGAAAGUACUAAAGACAUGAAGAUGUUACAGGGAAAAGAACCGAGUUCUCGAGUUGUGAGCUUUACACCGCUACCUGUUGGAGAUGGUAUCACUUCAGAGUUGACUGCCAUUGCUAAACGCUUCGGAUCUGUCAGGAAAUCCUUGUUUCUGCCAAACCAGGGUUAUGUGGAAAUGACUUGUUUAGCAGAUGCCAAGAAAUUGGUUGAACACUAUUCAGCCAAGCAGCUGAAACUAAAAGGCAAAUUCAUUAAAGUCACCUUCUCUUGUGACUAUAAAACACUAAGAGAUGCAGAGGGUAAUGACAAAACACAAUCCCGCAGUUCUUACACCCAUAGAAGAUCUAGCCCAUGCAGUCGCUAUCAGAGGGACUCCACUAGUCCCGGGAGAAGACCUUCAUCAGAGAGGACUCAUUCUAGCCCUAGGAGACGACACUCAUCAGACAGGUCUCAAUCUAGCCCCGAUAGGAAACGUUCAUCUGAGAGGACUCAAUCUGGCUCAAAUAGGAAACGUUCAUCAGAGAGGACCCAAUCUAGCCUCAAGAGAAAGAGUUCGUCAGAGCGGACUCAAUCCAGCCCCAAGAGAAAAUGUUCAUCGGUGACGAAACAUUCAUCAGAGAGGAAACACUCAUCAUCAGAGAGGACUCAUUUUAGCCCCAAAACAAGUUAUUCAUCAUCCAAGAGUGGUCAUGAAAAAGAACGAAAAGAUUCUCAAAAAUCCAAGGAGAACCCUAGUACUUCUACACAUUCAUGCCAUUCCUCAAGCUCUGCUCUUAAUGAUCUGGAAAAAGCAAGCAUAGAUACAGAAGAACAGAGAAGUAUGAGCAACAACUAUGAUGAAAGCAUGGAUUCAGACAGUGACCUUGAAGGGCUAGAAGUGAUAGCAGAUGAUGGUGAAGAAUUGGCACAUGACAUUGAUGAUCAUGAGAAUAAAACAAGAGACCACGUGUAUUUACCAUCAGACCCAUUGGAUACAACAGACAUUUGCACAGACAAACAAGAAAAGACUGGAGGAGAUGCUGAGGACUUAGAAGCAUCAAACGGUUUGAUUAAGGGCCAGGACUUUGAAGAGCAUGCAGACCAAGAAUACGAUCAUGACUUCCCCACGAUCCUUGCAAAUUGUGUGACCUUAGAUGAAUUCACUGAAGAAAACUUUUCAGACAGUCAAGAAUCAGAUGAACCAAAGGCCUCAAGCCCAAAUAUUCAGGAAACAUCAGACAAAACAACCACAUCCACAAAUACAGUUUGCGACGUGAAGCAAAAUGAUGAUGAAUCUGAUUUGCCUAAAGAAGAAACUGAGGAAACAUCAGACAAAAUAACCACAUCCACAAAUACUGUUUGCGAAAUGAAGCAAAAUAAUAAAGAAUCUGAAUCGCCUAAAGAAGAAAGUCCCAGCAAAACAACUGAAGAACUCGGUGCCUCCCAGAAUCUGGACAAUGCUGUAAGUCAGCCGAAAGAGGAACAGGACACUGAGGGAGCAAAUGACAAGGAAAACUUUGGCAAAGUCCUUGAGGUCAGAAAUCUACCAAGCACUGAAAACUAUACGGACUCAGAUUUUAUGAACAUCAUAAAGCGAUAUGGAGACGUUACCCACUAUGUGCUAUUUCACAGUUGCAAAAUGGGGUUUGUUGAGAUGGCACUUGCAUCCGACGCUGAGAGAGUUGCAGCUGAUUCUAAAAAUCGAGAUAUUGUACUACGCGGUAACAUCCUGAAGAUCACAGUGACUGAGAAAUACUGCUGUCUACCUGAAAGAUUUACUAUAGAGUCUGAUGAGGAUGAUGAUGAGGAGGAGGAGAUCGGUAAAGGAGAAAUAUCUAAGGAGUCCAGUGAUAAGCAGCGGAGUAAUGAAUUAAACGGUAACACAAAGUUUUCAAAUGAAUCACUUGAUAGAGAUGGGCCUAUAGGAACUGAGUUUGUCCGGCCUGUAGUGGGAUACUUUUGUAGCCUGUGUAAUGUCAUUUAUGCCACUGAAGAGGAAGCAAAAGACGAGCACUGCAGAAGUCCAUUACAUUAUCAGAAAGUGAAGGAACAAAAGGAAAAGAGUGGCACUGUGGAAAAUAAAAAGUAAUUUGUAUGGAAUUGAAAGGCUUUAAGAGACAUAGGACUCAUUUUAAGUUUGCAGAGUGGAGUAGGACCCCCUCUGAUCGUCCAGCUUCUCCCCAGGGGCCUGACUGAAACGGCUUCCGGUUUGUCCCAAUUAGCACAGAAAAUGUAGAAAUCGACUGAAUCGUUGAAUCAUUAUUUUUUUUCCUGUCAUCAUAUAAAGUCCUGUACUAUAACUGUUUCAUGUGUUUUGAUAAUAAAACUAUUUUGCUGGUACAUUUUA